ACCGGAAAUGGAACCCAAAAAAAAAGAAGAAGCUGAAACGUCAAAACAUAAACAGACCACUCAACCUUGUGGCAACGCAGUUAGCUUGCAUUAUAGUCUGUCUUUUACAAAAAAAACUUUAUGCACGCAUUCCUAAUGUCGUGUAUUUACGAUCAGAGAAUUCCAAGUCGAGGCACUUAGCACAGUGGCUAAGUAGUGAGGUGGAGAAAAUAUAUCUGCAAUAAAGAUUAACGUUAGGUCUAAACUAAGAAGUACGCCUCGUCGGGCCUUCGAGUAAAGGUUCUCCCUCGGGUCGACGCAGGACAAAGGAGACAGAAUGGCUGAGGCUGACGACAAAUCCCCUGCGCUUAAUGGUGGCUCUGAAGAAAAAGAACCAGGAGAAUAUCAACUUAAGGAGGCAGAUGCCUCUGGAAGCAAAGAGGGACAAACCCAGUCUUCUUGUCAAUAUGCUCCCAAAGAAACAGUAGAGGCAUCUAGAGACAAGCCUACGCCAGAUGUGGAAGGAGAGAUGGAGGCAAACAGAGAGGAAGAGGAGGAAGAAGACACAGACAGCAUGGAUGGCAGCGGUCUCUACUCCCUGACUGAGGAUGGUGAGAGAGAGAGCGACGGAGGCAGACGGGAGAGAGCGAAGGAUAAAGAUGGUGGGAAAAGGGCAGCCAGAAAGAGGAAUAGGCCUGGCGGCGGCACCAAUCACUCCACCAGCUCAGAUGAGGAUGACGAUGAGGACGAGGAAGAAGAAGAAGAAGAAGAACAGAAAGAUGAUGAAGACGAUGAUGAAGCUAUGGAGGCGUGGCUGGGAGCAGAGCUCCGCGACCUGCGUGGCCCUAUAUGGCGGGCGAUACCCUCACUGCGCUCCAGGGAGAUCGGCCGGAACUCGCACCAGUUUGUGAGGCGUGUGUGUGGAGCCCGUGGUCUUGUGCAGAGGCUAGAGCUCCAGGGACGACUGGAGAGGCACACGGGCUGCGUCAACACGUUGCACUUCAACCCCUCGGGCACACGCCUGGCUUCAGGCAGCGAUGACCUGCGAGUGGUGAUCUGGGACUGGGCUGUCCGCCGUGCUGAGCUGGAGUUUGACAGUGGCCACAAGAGCAAUGUCUUUCAGGCAAAGUUCCUGCCUCACAGUGGAGACUCCACCUUGGCCAUGUGUGCUCGAGAUGGUCAGAUCAGAGUGGCUGAGCUCUCUGCCACUCAGCGCUGCAAGAACACCAAGCGGGUAGCACAGCAUAAAGGGGCAGCACACAAGCUGGCCCUUGAGCCAGAUUCCCCCUGCUCUUUUCUGUCUGCUGGAGAGGAUGCUGUGGUGUUUGGUAUUGACCUGCGUCUAGACCGUCCCGCCAAUAAACUGGUGGUUGUAAAGGAGGGUGAUAAAAAAGUGGGGUUGUACACCAUCUUUGUCAACCCAGCAAAGACACAACACUUUGCUGUGGGCGGAAGAGAUCAGUAUGUGAGGAUCUAUGACCAGAGGAAGAUCAAUGAGAAUGAUAACAAUGGUGUCCUGAAAAAGUUUUGUCCUUCACAUCUGGUAUCCAGUGAGUCCAAAACCAACAUAACCUGCCUUGUGUAUAGUCAUGAUGGCACAGAGCUCCUGGCCAGUUACAAUGACGAGGACAUCUACCUGUUUGACUCUAACCACAGUGAUGGGGCUGACUAUCGCAGGAGAUACAAGGGACACCGCAAUAAUGCUACAGUGAAGGGGGUGAACUUCUAUGGGCCAUGCAGUGAAUUUGUGGUCAGUGGCAGUGACUGUGGACACAUAUACCUGUGGGACAAGAACUCUGCUCGCAUCGUCCAGUUUAUGGAGGGAGACAGGGGAGGAGUGGUGAACUGCCUGGAGCCACAUCCCCAUCUGCCAGGUAUUGCCACCAGUGGGCUGGACCACGACAUCAAACUGUGGGCUCCUACAGCUGAAAGCCCCACAGGACUCAAGGGUCUAAAAGAGGUGAUGAAGAAAAACAAGCGGGAGCGCGAUGAGGACAGCGUGCGCCACGGUGACCAGUACGACACCCAGCUGCUGUGGUUCCUGAUGAGACACAUGAGGAACAGACGUCCACCGAGGGCCCGCCGUGAGGGUGCAGACGCAGACACAGAUGAGUCCUGGAGCUCUCCAGAUUCCUCUGAUGAAGAGGAAGGAGGUCCAGACCAUGUCCAGUGCAUGUCCUCCUGAGCCAUAGGCGUACAUACUUAAACACACACACACACACACACACACACACACACACACACACACACACACACACACACACACACACACACACACACACACACACACUUUAUUGCCCUUGCAUUGAUGCACAUAGGCAAGCACUAUUGACACACUGGCACACUCAAAUACUGAUGAGCCACAGACUUUUUAUUUUCUUUCUUUUUUUUUUAAACACAUACAAACUCAAACAGAUAAAAACACACACUUACUUAAACAUACUUUUGAAGCAGAGUGACCGAGAUGCUUAACGCCUGGUUUCUGACUUUUGAGGAUUGUACAAAGAGGUUCAGUGAGUGCUUACAUCCCUAUAAACUACUUGGAGGCCCCUGCUUGUCCAUACAUUAUCUAUAUGCUCUGUUUAGCCCCAGAUCAAUGUACUGUGCAUGUAUGGCAACAAGCAAGCACCUCUUGUUUAGGUACCCUGUAGGAAGCUCUACAUCACCAGCAUACACAAGGCCCCCCCCUCUCUUAGAAUCACAGCUCUUGCUCUCGAGCUCUCUGUGCUGAUGAAGGGAGUUUCACCAGGGUGGAAGGGCAUAGAAUUGUUCCCUCCAAUCAUCCCUAAAUGUGACUUCCUUUUAAGAUUUGAACUCAGAGGGGAAACCCCAGUGUGCCCUCAAUGCAGCAGCCCAGUCUCCUACUGAUUUCUGGCCCUGAGCUUGUGCAGCUAGUUGCAUUUUUCACAUUUUCUCUCCAAGGACUACUAAAUCCCUACAUGCUGCAUCUCCCAACAUGCCCUCAACCUACUCCCUCCCCUUCUCUUUCCCUCACUACUCACUACUGAGUGCACUUUGAAUCAGGGAUGCUUUAGUUUGAGACAUAGACAAAAUGUGCACUGAGUGUGUGAUUUUGGGGGGAGAGCUGUUUAGUAUCCUUCAUUUGGAAAAUCCCCACAGUGAAGCUUAGUUUAUUUCUAUAGAUUUUUUUUUGAGAGGGGAGAUAUUUUGCACUUAAGCAUUUUUUUUGACUUAGGAAGAGGAGGUUUCUUUUGCUUCCACCAGCCUUUUCCUCCUCCUCCUCCUCCUUCCUCCCUCCCUCUUCAUCCUGACACCCAUCUUUGACAGGAAAUUGUAGAUGGUGUUCAGCAUGUGCAUAGGAUAAGGACUGAUGAUUGGAUCUGUUGGGGAACUGUCAUUUUAAAGAGCCUGUAUUGACCCGGAUCAAAUCCCAAUUGAAACACUGCCCUAUGUGCCAAUUGAGAUUUGAUAAUAAUAAUCCUUCUGUGAUGCUAACAGUCUCAAAUCAAUUUCUGAAUGACAUUUUUCUGACAAAUGUUUGAGCCAGGUCGUGUGUUUGCAGCCAGCACACCACUUGGGAGGAAACUUCUGUGCUGUAUUAACAACCAUUCAAAGAGGAGGAUGGGGGGGAGGGGUGUCGGGGUCAAUAUGCUUGCCAGUUAUUUGUUGUGUGAGAGCGAUAAAGUCCAGCUUUUCUCAUUUUCUAUGAGUACUCUAGUUAGUUGAAUUUAUAUGUAUAUAUAUAUAUAUAUAUAUAUAUUAAAACUGUAAAAAAAAAAACUUUGGCAAAUGCUGUUUGACUUAAAAAAAAAAGAAAAAAAAAGAACAAAGAUGUCAAAACAUUUGAUUGGUAUUGAUGCAGAGGUUUAUAUUCUAUAUAAGGACAAAGUACUUUUAAAAUCCAGAGAAAAAAAAGUUGACUCCAGUUACCAUUUUUCUUCAGUUUUUCCUUUUAUAAAUAAAAUCCCUCUGUUAUAAACAGAACCGCUGUUAUUUCAAGUAUUAAAGUUCUGAAUCUUUUCCCACUGGCUGUUUUUGGCAUCUUGUAUACAUAAAAAGGCAUUUGAUGAACAAUUUUCUUGUCCACCACUGCCUAAUAUUGCGUUCCACCAGUUAUGUUGGAAAUAUGUAUGAUUCGUGCAAUAAACGAAAAGACAGUGCUCCCAA